CUUGUCUUUCCGAGCGGUUUUGGGCAAAACCCUAACCUUCUUCCUUCCGGCGGCUGCAGUCCGCUGUACUUCUCAGGAAAACCAAAGGUUUAAACACAAGAAUUUGGUGUGGACAACUGAUUGGGAGGAUGGUGCAGUACAACUUCAAAAAGAUAACUGUUGUCCCUUCUGGGAAGGACUUCAUUGACAUCAUUCUUUCCCGCACACAGCGCCAAACCCCAACUGUCGUCCACAAAGGAUAUGCCAUCUCCCGGCUCCGUGAAUUCUACAUGCGAAAGGUGAAGUUCACCCAGCAGAACUUCCAUGAGAAACUGUCCGCCAUCAUCGAUGAGUUCCCUCGGCUCGAUGACAUCCACCCCUUUUACGGAGAUUUGCUCCACGUACUAUACAACAAAGACCACUACAAGCUUGCUCUGGGCCAGGUUAACACGGCUAGGAACAUCAUUGGGAAGAUUGCAAAAGAUUAUGUUAGGUUACUCAAGUAUGGAGACUCAUUGUACCGGUGCAAGAGCUUGAAGGUCGCUGCUCUAGGUCGUAUGUGCACUGUGAUAAAGCGCAUCAGCCCUAGUUUGGCUUAUUUGGAGCAGAUACGGCAGCAUAUGUCUAGGCUCCCUUCAAUUGACCCGAACACCCGUACCAUUUUGAUCUGUGGGUAUCCUAAUGUGGGAAAGAGUUCUUUCAUGAACAAGGUCACUAGGGCUGAUGUUGAUGUCCAGCCAUAUGCUUUCACUACCAAGUCGCUGUUUGUUGGUCACACAGAUUACAAAUACCUCCGCUACCAGGUGAUUGAUACUCCUGGGAUUCUAGACCGGCCUUUUGAGGACAGAAACAUCAUAGAAAUGUGCAGUAUCACAGCUUUGGCGCACUUAAAGGCUGCAGUCUUAUUCUUCUUGGACAUAUCUGGAUCCUGUGGUUAUAGCAUAGAGCAGCAGGCAGCUCUCUUCCACAGCAUCAAGUCACUGUUCAUGAACAAGCCACUUAUUGUUGUUUGUAACAAGAUUGAUCUGCAGUCACUGGAAGGGCUCUCUGAAGAGGACAUGAAAUUGGUAACGGAGAUGAAAGCUGAGGCCGCCAAAACUAUAAUAGCCCAAGGCGGAGACUCUAAUGAUGAGGGAGUCUUGUUGACUAUGAGUACCAUGACAGACGAGGGAGUCAUAGCUGUCAAGAAUGCUGCUUGUGAGAGGCUUUUAAAUCAGCGGGUGGAGAUAAAGAUGAAGUCAAAAAAGAUCAAUGAUUGUCUGAACAGGUUUCAUGUUGCAAUUCCUAAGCCCCGUGACACAAAAGAACGCCCUCCUUGUAUUCCUCCAGCAGUUCUGGAAGCUAGAGCGAAGGCUAAUGAGGAGAAGGAAAAGAGGAAGCUUGAGAAAGAUCUCGAAGAAGAGAAUGGUGGAGCUGGUGUUUAUUCUGCUAGCCUAAGGAAGCAUUAUAUAUUGGCUGAUGAGGGAUGGAAAGAGGACCUUAUGCCAGAGAUUCUAGAUGGGCAUAAUGUGUAUGAUUUCAUUGAUCCUGACAUCUUGCUGAGGUUGGAAGAGCUGGAACGAGAAGAGGGUCUUCGUCUUGAUGCAGAGGCAGAUGGAGGAGAUUUUGAGAUGGAUGGAGAAGAAUUGACUGAGGAAGAGCGAGGACUACUCGCUGAGAUCAGAAGGAAGAAGAACCUGCUCAUCCAAGAGCACAGGAUGAAGAAGAGCACUGCCGAGAGCCGUCCUAUUGUGCCUAGGAAGUUUGAUAAAGACAAAAAAUACACGUCUGAGAGGAUGGGAAGACAGCUCUCUGCUUUGGGAAUAGACCCUACUGCCGCCAUCAAUCGUGCACGUGGGAGGUCCCUGUCUAGGAAAGGUCGUAAACGGGAGAGGUCACUUGGCAAAGAAGGUGAAGAUGGAGAAGCUAUGGAUGUCGAUGAUGAGCAGUCUAACAAGAAGCUGCGUACCAGGUCAAGAUCAAGGUCAGCAAGUAGGUCAAGGUCAAAAUCAAGGCCACCUGGUGAAGUCACCCCUGGAGAAGGGUUCAAAGACUCUGCUCAGAAACUGAAGGCACUCAAGAUAGCUAAGAAGUCAGUUAAGGUGAGAAAUAAGGCUGCACGCAAGGGAGAAGCCGAUAGAGUAAUUCCGAACCUGAAACCAAAGCAUUUGUUCUCUGGGAAGCGCUCUAUUGGGAAGACCAGCAGGCGCUAAAGUGAUAUGCUAAUGUGCGGUGCCGUCUCUUAUUUGUUAUUUAAGCAUUCAAUUUUGAAAGACUAGCGGGCAUCAUUUUCGUUAUCCGAGCAUUCAGUUUCGAGGUGCCAUCACUUAUUUGUUAUUUAAGCAUUCAAUUUUGAAAGACUAGCAGGCAUCAUUUUCGUUAUCCGAGUAUUCAUUCAGUUUCGAAGACUAGCAGCGCUUGGAGAAGAAAAGUAUCAACUCGUCGUCCUUUUCAUUUUCUAAUUUGUUAUUUUUGAAAAGGUGGAAUCUAGAAGAGUAUGGUUGGUUUUUGUGGUUGAUAAACCAUUAGUAAUGUCUGAUGCAGGUGGAAUGUCAUCUGCAUAUUAUCAUGGAUGAGAAUGAUGUGUUUGUGUACAUUUUUCCCUUC